AUGAGCACUCCAUUGCGCCAGCAAUACGAUGCGCUAUUGGCUGACGAUUCGAUUACAUCUGACUAUGAGCGUUGGCGAGAGCUUAAACGGCUCGUGAUUGUAAAGGGUCUACCUCGAGAUGAGGAUUCUACUCCUGAUGCAAAUUCCAGCCUUUGUUCUUUACGAGGAAGAGUGUGGAAGGCUUUUUUAGGGGUAGAAAAUGACGUGGACAUGACAAAAUAUGCGGCACUUGUCGGUCGUGGAGCGUCUCAUUAUGAUGGUGAUAUACGAAACGAUACGUUUCGAACGUUUCGAGGCGAUCCGGAAUUUGCACAACGUGUGCCAGAAGAAAAAUUAGUGCGACUGUUGAAUGUUUUUAUCAAUGAAUUGGGUUCAGACCCUGGCGACGAAAAACAAAUCGAAGGCAAACAUGCACAUGGUGGAAAUUUGCCAUUGAUCAGAUAUGUGCAAGGAAUGAAUGUGUUAUGUGCCCCCUUGUUGUAUGUCUUACCGGAACCGGAUGCAUACCACACGUUUUGUCAACUAAUUGUACGACAUUGUCCACAUUAUAUGGCACCUCAACUGAAAGGGGUGGAAAAAGGCUGCGCCCUUGUGGACAAAUGUUUACAAACGUUGGACCCAGAGUUAUAUCAGCAUCUGUUGAAACGAGGUAUUACGGCACGAAUAUACGCUCUCCCACUGAUCUUGAGCUUGUUUGCGUGUGUACCACCACUGCAUGAACUUCUUCGUGUCUGGGAUGUGCUUUUUGCAGUAGGCGUUCAUUUUGUGGUCGUAUUGGCUGUUGCACAUACGGUAUUACUUCGUGAACAGCUACUGCAACUGGAUAUGGAUUUAAUGAAGGUGCUGAGUCUUCGUUGUGUACCACCUCUCCAGUCUGAUCUACUUGUUUCAGUUGCUCUACAAUUACUUCAUCGUUUACCUGAAGAUCUCUUGUAUGAGAUUGCUCGACAUCCAUUUGAAAAUCCGGACGCACCAAGUAGUUUGCCAUUUCAUCCCAAGACCAUUUCUGCCAUUGUGACACAAAUUCAUAAGCAACAAGAAGAGCAAACUAGUGGAUCAUUUGAGACUCAACAAUCCUUGACAAGUUCGACAAGAGAAAAACCUGCUGCUAUCGUAGUACAACCCUCUGAUUCACCACGUCAAGAGACUUUCUACCCAUCAACUCCACAAAUCGAUAACACUAUAUCACAAGGUACUCGACCUCCGUGGCAAAUAUGA